AUGGCCAUGCCUCCUGUGUCUGCUGCGUCUGCUGCUGCUGCUAGACCGGCUUCCGCCUCUCCUUCGCCUCGCUCGCCGACCGUACCGCCUGUGGUGCUUCCAAGCGACUCUUUGGGUGCACCACCGACCGGCAUGGCUUCGACCGCUUCGUCUGAGCCCCACACGUCGGACGAGGAGCUCCUUGCGAGCUUUCUCGACUGGGGCCCCGAAUGUGACUUCGGUUCCCGUGCUCAUCGUCGUUCUUGCACUCGUUCGUCGAUGACGCCGGCUCCUACUGAAGCCCCUGCUGUUCCGGAUGCCAUGGGCGAUACUCCUGCUGUUGCUGUGACUCUGCCGUCACCU